AUGACCCCUGAAGACUUCCUGAGAUCAUUCACUCCGGGUGUUAUGCAGCCAAGAAAGUAUGGUCUGGACAGUUACAAAAUUUACCAACCAGAGAAGUACAGACACAAGUUCUCUGAUAAAAACAGCAUCUUCUACAAAUUGGGUGAAAAUGGACUAAUUAGCUUCAGCGACUACCUAUUUUUGAUGACUCUCUUGUCAACAUCUCCGAACGAUUUUGCUCUUGCCUUCAAAAUCUUCGAUAUUAACGGUGAUGGCGCCCUCGAUAAAGAAGAAUUUUUGAAAGUUCAGCACCUUAUAAUGUCUCAAACUACGGUUGGACAACGCCACCGUGACCAUAUCACACCCAAUUCCUCCUUCCGAGUGGAAGCGAAUUCGGCUCUCGAACACUACUUUUUCGGACCAGAUGGGAAGAACACACUUUCAGCAUCGAAGUUCCUCGAAUUUCAGGUACUUGUUCAUUCUUAUAGGAGAGCCUUGUACAGCGAUAUUUUGCGAAUGGAGUUUGAGAGAAGAGACGCUUUGGACGGUGUUGACGGUCUUAUUGGUGAAACGAGUUUUGGAGAACUACUGCUCAUGCAUGCACAAAUCCCUGAAAAACGACAGAAACUGAUGCUCAAGCGCCUGAAAAAGAAGUUCAAGAAUUCACAAGGAAUUUCUUUCGAAGAAACUCGCGCAUUCUUCCAAUUCCUUUAUCACAUCGAGUCCGUAGAUAUGGCCUUGCAUUUUCAUCGUAUGGCUGGCCUCCCCAUUGACGCGAGUUUGCUGAAAAGAGCUGCUCGUAAAAUUACUGGAGUAGAGCUCAGCGACCACGUGAUUGACGUGGUUAUCACGCUUUUCGAUGAUAACAUGGACGGAAAGCUGUCGAACAACGAGAUGAUUGCGGUGAUGCGACGACGAAUGCGCCGUGGACUAGAGAGGCCGCGAGACACGGGUCUCUUCCGCUUGGUUGAUGCGCUUGUGGUCUGCGGCGCGCGCGCCUACCGUGCUAGUCCUCUUUCUUUCAGUAACUGA